CUACCGAAAAGGACUUGAGACUCCUCCGGACUCCGACACAUAUUUCAAAUUUCGAGCAUCAUAAACUUAUUGACCUGCAAAGCUCUCAAGACAUUCUAAGUCUGAUCCGGAAUUGGUUGAGUGGUAGUGCUCUUUUUAGCUCUUGUUUCACUUUCUCUUCAUCUUCAGGUGAAUUGUCUCGAGGAACAUUGAGCCCUUGCGGUUUCUUGCGAGCUCCUUCAGUCAGCUCACCGGACUGGAUUCGCUCGACUGUCCCGGAUAAUAACUAAUUAUGAAACUAUCUCCCAGAUAGGAGGCUAUUUGUUACCCCUUCAUCUCAAUUUAUUUAACCUCUCCAUUAUGAGCUCCUGGGCGACACGCUUGCAUGCGGGCCGGCACGUACAAUUGUGCCGUUACCCUGGGGAAAAAAGGGCUUAUAUAAACCAGUUCACUGCAAUAGAGAGAUGCCACGCUUCUCCCUCUCUCUCGAUGUCCAGGAGAUAUGGUUAUACAGCGGCGACCCAAUUUCCACCAACCUGCCAAAAGACGAUCUUGAGAAUCCGCAACCUCCAAUCCCCUCGCUCUGCCUGUCAACUAAGCCGCCCACACAGUACAACAAGUCAGACCUCAUUUGAUUACUAUACACCACCAAAGAGGGGUUUUAUUGCUUCUCUUCCCCAGUCAUGGAUACCGUACGCCGAGUUACUGCGCCUCGAUAAGCCGACAGGUACAUACUAUCUCUUCUUUCCCUGCGCAUAUUCCACUCUUCUAGCGGCAUCCAUGACACCUUCUGUACCAAUUCUGCAAGUACUUGGGACGGCCGGGCUUUUCUUCAGCGGUGCUUUGAUAAUGCGCGGCGCUGGAUGUGCAAUCAACGAUUUAUGGGACAGAAACUUAGAUCCGCAUGUCGAACGCACAAAAUUUCGCCCAAUUGCAAGAGGAGCGAUAUCACCUGGCAAAGCAGUGAUUUUCACAGGCUCUCAAUUACUGGUAGGACUGGGUAUCCUUCUUCAAUUCCCGUAUCAAUGCCUUUGGUACGGUAUACCUAGCCUUCUUUUGGUGACCACUUAUCCUCUUGCCAAGCGCAUCACCUACUAUCCCCAAGCUGUACUGGGCCUUACUUUUUCGUGGGGUGCAAUCAUGGGCUUUCCAGCAUUAGGUGUUGAUCUUCUCAGUAAUGGGGCCGCAUUGGAAGCAGCUGCCGCACUUUACUCCAGUUGCGUAGCCUGGACAAUUUUAUACGAUAUGAUAUACGCGCAUAUGGACAUAAAAGACGACGUUGCGGCUGGCAUUAAGUCUAUCGCUCUUCGUCAUGAAAACAAUACGAAAGCCGUCCUCUCUGCUCUGGCGGCCGUCCAGGUGUCGUUGCUUGCUGCUGCAGGUGUAGCAGCGGGGAGCGGCCCUAUCUUCUUCGUCGGCGGCUGUGGCAGUGCAGCUGUUUCUCUCGGUCUGAUGAUCUGGAAGGUUCAGCUGAAAGAUGUACGAGAUUGUUGGUGGUGGUUUAAGAAUGGUUGCUUGUUCACCGGUGGAAGUAUCACACUGGGGAUGCUCCUUGAUUACGUCGCGCAAAUCAGUGGCUUCUACGAGACCACUGAAAAGCCGAAUCCGAUGGACUUCUCAUAGAAGAGAACAUCAACCAUUUCCC